AUGCCCGCAAAUCACCGAUCCGAUGUUCGACUUGAAACGGGGCCAUUGAAAGGCUCACAACUUGAAUCUGAACUCUUGGUGAGCCAGGAACAAAUCAUGCCUGAAACAGUGUCAAAUGACGCAGCGACAGAGGAUGAAAGAUACUGCAUGAGAGGCCAUAACGAGAAAAUCUUCGUUGUUUCGCUUACUAGCCUGGGAAUGAUUCUGUGCAUGAUAGCGACAAACAUCAUUCUCCCAGUCAUCCCGGUCAUCGCAACUGAAUAUCAUCUGUCUCCUACCCUGAUAAGUCUGACCAUCACCGUGUACAUGUUGAUGCAGGGGAUUUCACCAGCCUUGAUGUCUGCGAUUUCUGACCUGCAAGGAAGACGGCUAGCCUGGAUUCUCUCAUUAUUUUUAUACUUUGUCUCCAAUAUUGGGCUUGCACUUCAAGACAGUUACAUUGCCCUAAUGGUCCUACGAUCCCUUCAAAGCAUUGGAAGUAGCUGUGGAAUUCCAUUUGGGUUCGCGGUUGUUGCCGACAUCGCGUCACCAGCAGAAAGAGGGAGAUACCUCGGCCCAAUGCAAGGUUGUGUCUUGGCAGCUUUUGCAUUUGGCCCCGUGAUUGGUGGACUUUUAUGGGAGCAUUCAGGUUGGAGAAGCAUAUUCUGGUUCCUUGCCAUCGCUUCUGGCAGCUUCCUGGUGGUUUAUACCCUCGUGGUACCAGAAACUGCCCGGAAGGUGGUCGGAAAUGGUCUGGUGGACCCAGGGAUCGUUCACGAUUCUGAAGGAAAAGACGCACUCAUUCUUAUCUUGUACACCAGCUUGCUCUAUUUCGGCAUUUCAGCAUUAUGGGCGACCACAGCAAAUCAUUUUGGUACAACAUACGGCCUCAAUACUUUAUACGUUGGGCUCUGUUUUCUUCCUUACGGGAUAGCCGGGGGCAUCGGUUCGAUAGUUAGUGGAAAGUUAAUCGAUGUCAACUACCGCCGGCUUUCCAGAUCUCGAGCCAAUUACCGAGAAGAGACUGCAGUGAAGCCAAAAGAGAUACAAGACACAGGUUUCCCAUUUGAGGUUGCAAGACUUCAAAUUGCCGCACCAUUUAUGCUACUUGUUGCGUUUGCCUUCGUUGCAUAUGGCUGGGCCAUGCAGAAACGAUUGCCAUUGGCUAUCUCACUUUUCUUCCAGGCCCUCAUUGGCCUCUGUGCUAAUUCGUUGCUCGGGGUCAUCUAUGUCCUUCUGGUGGAUCUGUUCCCUGAACAAGCCGCUGCAACUUCUGGGGCGGCAGAUCUAGUGAGGUGCUGGCUAGGUGCUCUCUCUGCGGCAGUCGUUGACAAAAUGCUGUCCAUUAUGGGCUGGGGUUGGUGUUUUACCCUGAUAGCUUUGUUCAUGAUCGGUUCAUUGCCAUUGGUCGGUCUUGUAUACUUAUAUGGGCCUUUUUGGAGAGGAAGGAGAAACCGAAGCCUCGAACAUGAUAUUAGGUAA